GGAAGUCCAAGCGUAGCGGCGCGAGCGCAGUUUCUCCGCAGAUAGUGUUGUGCUAUCUUCUCCUCGCAGAUCUUCGUCGGAAGUGGAGGAAAAAAAAGCCUGCAGAUUUGAAUCUACCUGCUUUCAAGCUAAUCAUGAUGAAAUUUAGACACACCUAGAGGGAGAAGACAAAUGUGAUACCUGGACUCUUCCUUGUAAGAGGGAAGGCAAAGGCAGUAGGACAGGUCUGGUUCUGCGCUUCCCUGCCUUUAUCCUGCCGAGGCCCAAGCAGAAAAUGAUAACGUUUGGAUAGCACACUAGAAAAUAAAAAGCCAGGUAAAGGUUCCAAAGGCUGCAAGAAGCCUGCAAAGCAGAAUGGGAAGAAAGCUGCCACCAAAGUGGCCUCUGCUCCCCAGUUUGUUCACUCCAGUGAUCACGCCAGUCGGGAGGCUGAAUUAAAGAAGAAGAGGGCUGAGGAGAUGAGGGAGAAACAGCAGGCUGCCCGGGAGCAAGAGAGACACCGACGUAGGACCAUUGAAAGCUACUGUCAGGAUGUCCUGCGACGCCAGGAGGAGUUUGAGCACAAGGAGGAAGUUUUGCAGGAAUUAAAUAUGUUUCCUCAACUGGAUGAUGAGGCCACAAGGAAGGCUUAUUACAAGGAAUUCCGUAAGGUGGUUGAAUACUCUGAUGUGAUUCUAGAAGUCCUGGAUGCCAGGGACCCAUUGGGCUGCCGCUGCUUCCAAAUGGAGGAAGCUGUUCUGCGGUCAGAAGGCAACAAGAAGCUGGUCCUGGUCUUGAACAAGAUUGACCUGGUCCCCAAGGAGAUUGUGGAGAAGUGGCUGGAAUACCUUCGGAAUGAGCUGCCAACUGUGGCUUUUAAGGCCAGCACCCAGCAUCAGAUCAAAAACCUGAAUCGUUGCAGUGUGCCAGUGGAUCAAGCCUCUGAGUCACUGCUGAAAAGCAAAGCCUGCUUUGGAGCUGAAAACCUAAUGAGGGUUCUGGGGAACUAUUGCCGCCUUGGUGAAGUGCGCACCCACAUCCGUGUGGGCGUUGUGGGCCUUCCCAAUGUUGGGAAGAGCAGCCUGAUCAAUAGCCUGAAGCGCAGCCGUGCGUGCAGUGUGGGAGCCGUUCCUGGGGUCACCAAGUUCAUGCAGGAGGUCUACCUGGACAAGUUCAUCAGGCUGCUGGACGCCCCGGGCAUUGUCCCAGGACCCAACUCAGAGGUGGGCACCAUCCUGCGCAACUGCAUUCAUGUACAGAAGCUGGCGGACCCUGUGACCCCGGUAGAGACCAUCCUGCAGCGCUGUAACCUGGAGGAGAUUUCCAGCUAUUACGGCAUCUCUGGGUUCCAGACCACUGAGCACUUUCUGACUGCAGUGGCCCACCGCUUGGGGAAGAAGAAGAAAGGGGGCACAUACAGUCAGGAGCAGGCAGCCAAAGCUGUCCUGGCUGACUGGGUGAGUGGGAAGAUCAGCUUCUAUACACUCCCACCCUCCACCCACACUCUGCCUGCCCAUCUCAGUGCUGAGAUCAUUAAGGAGAUGACUGAGGUCUUCGACAUUGAGGAUACUGAGCAGGCCAAUGAGGAUACCAUGGAAUGCUUGGCCACUGGAGAAUCUGAUGAGCUGUUGGGUGACAUGGACCCACUCGAAAUGGAGAUCAAGUGGCUCCAUUCUCCGAUGGUGAAAAUAGCAGAUGCCAUGGAAAAUAAAACCACCGUGUAUAAGAUUGGAGAUCUCACUGGGUAUUGCACCAAUCCAAACCGUCAUCAAAUGGGGUGGGCUAAGCGCAAUGUGGACCUUCGCCCCAGGAACAACAGCAUGGUGGAUGUCUGCCCAGUGGACCGUCGCUCGAUGCUACAGAGGAUCAUGGAGACAGACCCCCUGCAGCAGGGCCAGGCUCUGGCAUCUGCCGUGAAGAAUAAGAAGAAGGUCCAGAAGCGUACAGAUAAACUUGCCAGCAAGCUGUCUGAUUCCAUGAUGUCCGCCCUUGACCUCUGUGGCAAUGCUGAUGACAGUGCUGGUGACUGAUCCACUGAUCUCACUUCCUUCCCCUACUCCAAGCUUCAGUUCCAGUGGAAAUAAAAGAUGAAAUGGUUUGCUCCUGCCCUCACCCUCCUUCCCUCCAUUCUCCAGG